CGCAGAAACAGCUUAACCUGUGCCGACCACACGGACAUUUUCCCGCGAAGGCCAAAGCGGAUGUGACAGGCACCGCCCAUUCAUUCUCGCUAACUGACGUUCCGCUGCCAGGAGUUUUGGAUAGGCGCUAAGGGGCGGGGAUUAAGGCGAAGGGACCCGAGUGGGGCUGCUCUCGGAGCUCGCGAGCGACACAGUUGGAGCCACCCGGAGCAGAACUGCAGCCGACAUGAGCAGCAAAGAAGGACCUGGUGGUUUCAGAAAAAGAAAGCAUGAUAAUUUCCCUCAUGGCCACCGAAGAGAAGAAAAAGACAAUAUCAAUUCUUCUUCAACUAUAAUUAUGGCUUUCAAAGCAUUUCAGCUGGAGCUUGAUACUAGACAUGAUAAGUAUGAACGGCUUGUGAAACUUAGUCGUGAUAUAACAAUUGAGAGUAAAAGGACCAUAUUUUUACUACACAGGAUCACUAGCGCUCCCAACAGGGAGGAAAUAUUAAUGGAAUCUGAAGCCAAAUUAGAUGGUGUGAGACAGAAGAUAAAACAAAUUGCGCAAGAAUUAAUGGGAGAGGAUAUUUACCAGUUCCACAGAGCCAUCUCUCCAGGGCUUCUGGAAGGGCUUACUGUGACAACAUUAAGUGCUGACUGA